AUGUUUGUGCUGUCAGAUGUCAAUACUCAGAAGAUUAUACAGAAGGCCCAAGAGUUCCUUGUCCGUCUGAAAGGCGAGAUGAAGCUACUCAGAUCAAGCAGGCAGCACGAUCUCGCUCUCCUGUCUUCCAUACUCCGGAUUUCAAACCCUGUCUGCGGCAGUUGUGCUCGUCUGCAAGGCCAACAUGACACUCCUGCUUCAUCAGGUCCAUCCUCACGCCGCCGAUUCUCAGUGCUCAACCGCCCUCCACCAAACUAUCCAGGUCAUGUCCCCCUUACCACCGUGGAGCGCGUUGGCCUAGCAAUUGGAAGCGCAGUCACCUCGCUUGUUGAUCCCUACAGACAUGACAUGGUCGCCGCAUUGGGGGAAGCAACGGCCCAACCUUUCUUUAUCUCAUGGCUACGGAAUCGCAUGUUGUCGGAUCCAACGGGACGAAGAAUCCUACGGGAUCGCCCUCGAAUCACUUCCAAGACAAUGUCUCUCGAAAGAUUAAGACAACUGCCUGAAAACAGCGUGGGGAGAACAUACGCUGCGUGGCUUGACCGGGAAGGUGUCACCCCAGAUACGAGAGAUGCGGUACGGUACAUCGACGAUGAAGAGGAGGCCUACGUCAUGCAACGAUACCGGGAAUGUCACGAUUUCUAUCAUGCUGUGACCGGACUGCCGGUAUGGGUUGAGGGAGAGCUUGGUUUGAAGGCGUUUGAGUUUGCAAACACCGGACUACCCAUGACAGGACUCAGUCUGGCUGCAAUUAUCCGGCUAAAACCACUGGAGAGGCAGAGGAUGUUCCAGAUAUUCCUGCCAUGGGCUUUCUCAAAUGGGUGGAAGAGCAAAGACCUCAUCAAUGUGUACUGGGAGGAGGAGCUUGAGACGGAUGUUGGUGAACUGCGUCAGAGGCUCGGCAUUGAGCAACCACCUGACCUGCGUGCGAUUCGGAAGAAACUGAGAGAGGAGCGCAGAGCUGCUAAGGCCUCAAGAGCACCCGAAGGGGCAACACCAACAUCUCCUUCCCCUCCUCGACCAGAGGUGCCGUCAUGA